AACAGUGCGUUUUACAGCACUAUCACUUGCUCUGCGUUCUUUUCACGUCCGUAAAAUGUAAAACAGAAGCUGCAUUUAAUUGCAUUUAUCGCGACGCAGUCCAAUCAAAAUCCAAUUUCUAGUGCAAUCGUGUAGUGAAUCAACAUCCAUACCCAUGUUAACCGAAACGCUCAUGGCCAGCGACAACAUAAUGGACGAACUAGCAUCUUUGAUCCGUACUGAAAUUCCCGAUGGCCGCCAGAGUCUACGCGACAGCUACACGAAUCUCGAACGUGUGGCCGACUACUGCGAGGACACCUACUAUCGUGCUGACAAUAAAAAGGCUGCACUCGAGGCCACCAAGAACUACACCACUCAGUCGCUGGCCAGUGUCGCGUAUCAGAUCAACACUCUUGCCUACAGCUACAUGCAGCUGUUGGAUUUGCAGGCGCAGCAGCUCAGCGAAAUGGAGUCGCAGAUGAACCACAUCGCUCAAACCGUGCACAUACAUAAGGAGAAGGUAGCCAGACGGGAGAUUGGUGUGCUCACGGCCAAUAAGGUGAGCUCACGCCAGUUCAAGAUUGUGGCACCCAUUAAUCCCGAGAAGCCCAUCAAGUAUGUACGCAAGCCCAUCGAUUAUUCCAUACUGGAUGAGAUUGGACAUGGGAUCAAUUCCUCCAACCAGCAUGUUGUACGGCAGAAGCACCGCGGUUCGAGUCAUGGUUCUGUUCAAUCUCUGGUGCCGUCAUCGGUGGGUCCGCCGCCCACCACGAAGCCACCGACACCGCCACAAAUGUCGCGUGCCGGCAAUACAGGCACUCUGGGCAAAUCGGUCAGCAAUACUGGAACACUGGGCAAGAGUUCGCGGGAGUACCGCACGCCUCCAGUGGUAAAUCCACCGCAAGUGCCCUCACACUAUGCUCCCAACUAUCCAAUUGGACAUCCCAAGCGCAUGUCAACGGCCUCGUCCACCACAACCACCACCACUGGUGGCGGUGCAGCGGGCAAUGAGCGGGCCGCCGGCUACAGUGCGCUGCCCAUGCCGCCUAGCCAGCAGAUUGCCACGCACGUAAAUCUGCCCUCGGCGGGCAUGAUGCAGUCGCUGCCACCGCCGCCGCCUACCACCUACGACGACAGGAGCAGCAUGCCGCCAGCGCCUCCCUCGCCGUUGACCGUCUCGCAGCACGAGAUGACCGAACAGAGUCACAUUGGCAUGCACACCCUGGGUCGCAACAUCAAUAGGAAUCCGAAUAGAAAUCAUUUCAGCUUGAACUUCGCUCGCCCUGGAUCGCAGUCACCGCCGUUGCCACCACCGCCGCCGCCAGAGGAUGAGCACCAAGACUUUGGGCGGCCACGCACUUCAACGGGCCCACAAUUGGCCCCAAUUGUGCCGGAGGAUCAGAACUUACCUGGCUGGGUGCCCAAAAACUACAUUGAAAAGGUGGUGGCUAUCUAUGAUUAUUAUGCUGACAAGGAUGACGAGCUCAGCUUCCAAGAGAGUUCCGUUCUGUAUGUGCUGAAGAAGAACGACGAUGGCUGGUGGGAGGGUGUAAUGGAUGGUGUAACCGGUCUGUUCCCGGGAAAUUAUGUCGAACCCUGUGUCUAAGCACUGCCAACGGAAUUAACAAUAACAAUAAUAUGCAUUAUAACGCAAACGAUAAGAAUUUGCGCAUAUUGAUAAUGAUAAUUAUACAACUACAGCCGCAGCGCACGCUCUAAAAGUAUUCCACUAGCUUAAACGGAAUGGCAACGAGUUACAUAUAGUUGAAUAUGUACAAGUGGUCAACAAACUCUCACACUCACAGACACACACACACGCAGACGCACGCACACUCCAGCAACAAUUGUCAGAGCAUUUAUAUGAGCGCGCUCGCUAUUUUCUACAUAAAGUAAACUAACUAUAAACUAAUUCAAUAAUCUAAUAGACGAAAAUAGCCCAAAGGAAUGAAAAAUUCAUGAAAUUGAGAACAUACAUAUAUAUGUAUUCAAAAAAAUAUAUAUAUCAACUAUAUUAUACUGACAUAGACGAAUUCGGCCCAAAGUAUAAAGUGGUUAAACAACUGCCGGCGCUUACCACAAUUUGUGUUAAAAUGGUUUUUAUUGUUUACAUUGCGCUUGCACCAAGACCCUCCACCAGACCCCCUAAUUCCCGCAGUAUCGUAGGUUAUACGAAUUUCAGUUAGCCUUUAGCAUUUAAGUAUUGGCCAAUUGGUUAUGCAUUUUCUUAUGCACACAUAUGAUUAUUUACAAGAACACUGCAAUAUGCAUAUAUAAAUAUUAUUUUGCGUCAAUGCAUACUAAAGAUUUAGUUAAAGUGAAAUUGCAAAAACAAAAAAUCAAAUUACAUUUAUAAUAUAUACAGCUGCACAUGCAUUAUAUGGUCUAAUAGCUAAUAAAAAUUUCAAAUUUCAAAA